GCCUUUUUCCACCGCCACCGCGACCGGCUGGCGUGCUGCUCCGCGGUCUCACCGCGCUCCGCACUCCGCAGAGAGAUCAGUCGUGUGUUGAGCGUCGAGAGAGCAACCCGCACUACACUCGCGCUCGCCUCUGACCGCGUUAGCGCGUGUGACAUUCGGUCACACCGUCCCUCGAGCGUCCUCAGGGUCUCCCAGCGACCGCUCCGUCCGCCGAGCAACCCGCAGGAGCCCUUCGGAGUCUCGUCCGCCGCCAAAUUCCGACCUACCUGCCCGUGUGUACCUGCCAGGUACACACACCUGAGCCGGCUCACCUGCCGCCACUACAUCCUUCGUGGAAUUCGGACCGAAUUCAGUUCUUCACACUCCAAAUCUGAGUUCUUCGAGUUGCCACAAAAGUUUCCACCUGUCAGAUGUCCAGGUGACCAGACACGAUGUGGAAGCACGUGAUCGUGGUACUGACCGCGUACAGCCUGAUGGGCUGUCACGGCAACCUCAACAUUUACAUCAGCAGGCAGGAGACCAUGCGACUUUUAGGUCUGCAAGCCGAGCUGUACUACAUUCGAGACGGUGUCCUGAACCAGUACGCGUUGAAAUUCAACGUGCCCAUCCCGGCCAACAUCUCCGAGCUGAACUUCACGUGGCGCAGCUUGGCGCCGAGACCGCUGCCGUAUGUGAUUUCCGUUGAUGUGUCCAACCAGUCGGCGCUGCUUCCUCCGCAGUCCAACAUUUCAAUGGUCGGCUUUGUGCCUACCCAGAUUCAGACUUUCAAAAUUGUGCUGCCCUGCAAUGGACUCAUGGACGCUGAAGUUGACGUCAACAUUUCCAUCAACGUCACUCUGGAGAGGAGAAAUGUCACCGCUGUCACCCUCAAGAGGCGGAAAAUUUGCCUGAAACGUCCAUCGGCCGUCAUUCCAGACAGCGACUCUUCAAAACGAACCCCUCAGGUCUUCUCUGUGCACCAGAGUGGUGUCAUGGUGGACACCACGCCAGAGGUGUCCGAGUCUGAGAGCGACAGCGCCCUGUACGCCGCCGUUGGGUGUGCUUGUGCCCUGCUGGCCAUUCUGGCGCUGCUUUCGUCCGCCUGCUGCGCCAGGAACAGACACAAGGCCAGACGACAGGAUGUCAUUCAUGAUUCACGCAUGGUUGCAAAUUCCCAACUGACCGGCCCCCUGCUGCACCCCAACGCCUACAUGCUGCCGCCCCCUGUGAUGCCGACACCUACCCCCAACAACUUCCACCACGGCGCCCCUAUCAUCGCCCCAGCAGGAUCCAGCUCUGCCAAGUCGGCCGCCAGCAGCUACGCUAGUUUUUCUUCCCGACGGCAACCUUCAAGGCACCACGAAUCUGCACACUCUGUCCUUGGUGGCGCUGCCUCGGCCGCAUCGGUCUGCCAGGCGCCAUCCAUCAUUACGAGCAGGGAUGACCGGACGCAUGAUUUGCAUGAGAGAAUCGUAGAACUCACAAUCCAAAGGUGUCGAGUUCGACUGCAAAGUGUGGUGCAAGAAGGAACCUUUGGCCGGGUGUACCUGGGCUCUUAUGCUGACUCUCAUACCAUGGAGGAGGAAGAGGUCAUUGUAAAGACAGUGGCUGACCAUGCGUCACAAGUUCAAGUGUCCUUGCUCCUGCAGGAGGGCAUGUCAAUGUACGCCCUGAUGCACCCCAAUCUCCUUGCAGUCAGAGGGGUGUCCAUCGAGGACCACACAGCUCCCUUCCUCAUAUACCCUUACAAGGGUUACACAAAUCUCAAGAGGUUCCUACUUCAGUGUCGGCAGUGCAAUGGCGAGGGCGGCAUGUCCCACUCGCUGACCACUCAGCAGCUGGUAGACAUGGCUCUCCAAAUCAACGCUGGUCUGCACUAUCUGCACAGAAAGCAGAUCAUCCACAAGGAUAUUGCCGCGCGAAACUGCGUGGUUGAUAGCAGCCUAAGAAUUCAAAUAGCAGACAACGCUCUGGCCAGAGAUCUCUUCCCCAUGGAUUACCACUGUUUGGGCGACAACGAGAACCGGCCCGUCAAGUGGAUGGCCCCGGAGGCCUUGACUCAUCAUGAGUUCACAACCAAGUCUGAUGUGUGGGCGUAUGGAGUUUUGCUAUGGGAACUUGCCACACUAGCGCAGCAACCCUAUGCAGAGGUUGAUCCCUUUGAGAUGGCUGAUUAUCUGAGAAACGGCUACAGACUCAUCCAACCGGUGAAUUGUCCAGAUGAACUGUUUGGAACAAUGGCCUACUGCUGGUCAACUAGUCCGAAGGAAAGACCAACAGCUCCUCAGCUUGACUACUGCUUGCAGACCUUGUACAAUCAACUCAACAGAUUUGUGUAAUCUUUGAACUCUUCUUUGACUUUGCAAUUAGCAAAAAGCUGUCCUACACUGAAGUCAUAGUUCUGUGAAAUGUGUGCGCAUCUCUGACGACUGCUCUUUUACAUCACGGAAGAAGAAGAGACAAAGAGAAACCCUCAGCGCGCAUUUAUUGUAAGAUAGUUCACACAAACAAUUAUGUUUAAUCAAAAGUCGAUAUUAUCAGAGUUAUUUAUUGUGUCAAUAAUGAGAGCUUGUGUACAUAUACCCUUGUAAAAAAUGUAUUUUCAUGUUGGUAUUCAGAGUGAUGAUGAUUUUUGUACGGCUCUAUACGAAUCUACCAAGAGAGAUAAAAUAAACAAAUGGAUUUAAAGAAAACGAAU